AUGCAAGAAUUGAAGACAGUAGGCCCCUUCGAGGUAUUGGAGUGGCCGGAGCUGCCGGGUGCAUACGGCCGUGCACGUCAUUGCACUACCCUCGAAGAGGCAAGUAUCAAGUUAGACUGGUUCGACAGUCUGGCGCAUGAAGUGAAUAUUCUCCAAGUUGCCGCAGGGGGCAUAGGCAUACCGAUGUUGCAUUGGUUCGAGGCAAUUGAUGGGAAGGAGGUAAUGAUCUUGGAUAUGCUUGGAAUAUCGCUCGAGGAGUUCUACAUCAAGUCCGGUCGCUACUUCGGCCUACAGAACCUUCUUAUUUUUGCUGAACAGAUGCUGUCUCGUGUGGAAUUCAUACACUCGAGGAGUAUCGUCCAUGGAAGUCUAGACCCUUGGUCGUUCAGGCUUGGAAGCCGAAGCUGGCAGUCCCAACAGAUUCUUCUGACGGACUUUGACAUCCAAAUCAGUGAAGAUAAGUCAACUCUUGAUGACCUUCGCGCUAUUGGACACAUUCUAGCGUACUUCUAUGGACACUGGGAUUCAUGGGAUCAGUACCGCCAAGAGAACGCAAAUGGUGUCCCUGAAGAUACUGCGCCGUUUAUUAGCGCCUUUGCCUCGGCCUGGAGGGUGCAAGGGCAAUCCAAGAUGGAUUUGAUUGUUGCAUCAGCACAAUGA